GAGUGAACGAGAAGGAUUCUUCUUUCCCCUGUCAAUCGAUCCAUUUCCAAUCCAACUGUGAUGGAGUGCCAACCACAGAGGCAAUAGACGACGCUAUAGAGCGAAUAAAGAGGAAUGAGAAGCUCUAGAGCACCUCGUUUGUGUUGUCGUUGGCGCUGGAACUUUUCUCCGUGAAUUUACCUCGUUUUGGCGACUCUAGAACUAACUGUGUAGUUUGAUCGCUUUCCAUACAGCUAGUAUAGUGUAUAUAUAACGAAAAAUCAUGGAAGUCGAGACUCCAUCGUUGAAUUCUAGUCUUCUACGUUGCUAGUGACCCAGGAUAGUCAGCAAAAGGCCACCUCGGGAUCACUGCAUAGCUAUAGCUUUCUAGAGUUCUUUAGAGUAAUAUUAAGAACUUGGGAGCUCUCGGAGCUCCAUUGGCAAUCUAGCGAUCCAAAAGAGGACGCACACUAAAGAACACUGGAAGUUUCUUAAAAGAGUUUCUUCCCUCUGUUCUUCGUGAUUGACAAUGAUCUCUACGUAUUCUCUCCUGCUGCUUUUGAUCGCUACUUCGUCUCUGGCCUUCUCGGCGGAGGCGGCGCUCGCGACUGGCUACUACGAUUCGACAUGCCCGCAAGUCGAGAAGAUCGUCAAGGCCGGGGUCGCAAACGCUGCGCAGUCCGACUCGCGAUUGCCAGCGUCGCUUCUUCGUCUCCAUUUCCACGACUGCUUCGUCCAAGGGUGUGAUGCGUCGGUGUUGCUGGACGAUACUCCCACUUUCAAGGGGGAGAAGACCGCCGGCCCCAACAACAAUUCCAUCAGAGGAUUCGAAGCAAUCGACGCGAUUAAAUCGUCUCUCGAGAGCAGCUGCAAGGGGGUCGUGUCAUGCGCGGACAUCCUCGCGCUCGCAGCUCGGGAUUCUGUCGUCCUGAGUGGCGGGCCGUCGUGGGAAGUGCCACUGGGGCGACGAGAUAGCAUCACUGCGAGCUUCUCUGGAGCUACGAAUCGACUGCCCAGUUUCUUCUCUGACGUGAAUGGAUUGAUCAAAUCCUUCACAGAUGUUGGGCUCACAGCGGAAGAUAUGUUUACACUCUCUGGGGGGCAUUCGAUCGGCCAGGCGCGAUGCCUCGCUUUUGUGUCGAGGAUCUUCAAUGACAGCGGCAGCGGCAGCCCCGAUCCCAGCAUUCGCCCUAGUUUUCUCUCCGCGCUCCAAUCCAAAUGCCCGCAAACUGGGAGUCUCAGCUCGCUCCAGCCCCUGGACGCAACCACGAUCAACAAAUUUGAUAAUCAGUACUACCUCAAUCUCGUCCUGGGAAAGGGACUGCUCCACUCAGAUCAAGUGCUUUUCAACACAGUCGGAGUGGCCAGGAAUUUCGUCAAGGCAUACAGCGCGGAUCAAUCGAAGUUCUUCAGCAACUUCGCGGGAUCUAUGAUCAAGAUGGGGAAAUUGAGCCCUUUGCUCGCCCCGAAGGGGAUCAUUCGCAGCAAUUGCCGAGUUCCAAGAUGAAGGAAGUUCACAAGAACAAAGAAGGCACGCAAGUGUGUUGGAUUGGAAGUGUGUAUUUUGUAAAUCGCGAGCACAAAUGCUCAUGAGAGAAGAGAUUUGUUGUAAAACAAGGAAUAAAAACCAAAUGUGAGGUCCAUGCACUCACACAAUGAAAUAAAAUUUCGAUAAUUAAAAUACAUUUUCAAAGGAAAA